AUGGCUCGCAAGAUCAUCAUAGACACAGACCCAGGCGUCGACGAUAUCCUCGCGAUCCUACUGGCCUUAUCAAGUACCCCUGAGGAGCUCGAGGUUCUGUUGAUCUCCGUCACGUAUGGCAACAUCGAUGUUCAUAAUUGUCUACGAAACACUGUCUCGCUGUUCCAUCAUGUCGAGAAGGAAAUUGCUUGGAGAAAGUCCCAGGGAAAGGACGCUGGAUUCAAGACCCUUCAGAAAACCAAGCCUCUUGUAGCUGUUGGCCCUGAUCAUCCGUUAGCAGAUCAGAUCUUGAUGGCCGACUUCUUUCAUGGUCAUGAUGGACUUGGCGGUAUCCAUGAGAGUCAUUCCCAUAUGACUCCAGCAGAGACAUGGAAGGAGCUCUUUCAACACGCCGAGAACUCAAACGAUCCAGAAGAACAAGCAGUCGCCGAAGAGCUACAAAAUACAGACGCCCUCUUCACCCCCUCCCGUGUGCCAUCCUCAAAAGAGAUCCUUCGACUACUCCGCGAGAACGAACCAGACACCAUCACCAUCGUAGCAAUCGGCCCCCUAACAAACCUCGCGCUCGCCGCCUCUCUCGACCCAGAGACCUUCCUCCGAGCAAAAGAGAUCGUCGUCAUGGGCGGCAGCAUCAACGAAGGCGGAAACGUAGGUCCAGCACCAUCACCCACGCACCCAUCCACAGCAACACUCCAGGAACCCCCCUUCCGCCUGAUCACACAACCACCAGGCCCCAUAAGAAACAAGCUAAACCUCCGCAACCAGAUCACCCCCGUCGCCGAAUUCAACACCUUCGCCGACGCCGUCGCAGCCGCAAGAGUCUACGCCCUCUCCUCGCCAAACCCUCGCUCUACAAUGCCCCCAACCGCCCCAGCACCACCAGGCGUGCAAGCAGACCACCACCCACCACCUUUCCUCCAGCCAUACCCAUCAAACCUCUCCCGCCAACUCAAAAUCACCCUCUUCCCCUUGGACAUAACCCACAAGCACUCGCUCACCCGCGGCGACUUCCGCAAAACGCUCGAACCCCUCCGAGCACAGAACUCCCCCCUGGCGGAAUGGGUCUCAGCCUUCAUGACCUCCACCUUCGACAAGGUCGAGUCCUUGCAGAAGGACGUCAGCGGCGAUAAUGUGGCACUGGACCUGCACGAUCCGUUGUGUAUCUGGUAUUGUAUGGGCCUGGACCCUUCGGAGUGGAAGCUCGUCGAGGAUGAGGAUCUUCGUGUUGAGACUUCCGGGCAGUGGACGAGGGGGAUGUGUGUUGUGGAUCGAAGGACGCGGAAGAAGCGUGAGGAUGAUGAUGAGGGCGAGAGGCCGGGUGAUACGGGGAAUUGGUUGGGUAGGAAGAGCGGGAAUAGGCUUCGUCGUUGUGUUGGAUCGCCUGGUGAGGAUCUAUUCGGCGGGCUUUUACUGAAGCGUGUCUUCAAUUUGUAG